UUUCACAGAAGAAAUAUUUUUCUUUUCGGAAGAAGAUCCCGACAAAGCGGCCCUAUUUCUUUUCAUCCAGAAAAAGUCGAAUAAUCAGAAAACCGACGAUGUACGCCAGGACUAAUACCGGCGGCACACAUGGAGACUUUCAGGACAGAAACGGAGUGAAUUAUGUGACAUCGACAGAGUCUUUCGGCCACUGCUCUCAAUUGUUCUGGAAAAAGGAUCCCAACGACUCCGGACCGAGUUCAACCAUCAGCUGGUGCGACCAGCUCCCCACGUCCUCGGCGGCCCUGUCCAGCUCCAGUCUCUCCUCGGCGUCCCUCUCCAGCUCCAGUCUCUCCCUGGAGUCCAGGGCGCAACCACCGGCGCCGGCCAUAACGACGCCAGAUGACAUGGAGUCGGACGAGAGGCCGUACGUCUGCGACAUGUGCACCUGCGCCUACAAGCACGCCAGCUCCCUGCUCAAUCACAAGCUCACCCACAAGAUCGGAGACUUCAGGUGCGACUUUUGCAGCAAGCCCUACACCAACUACAUGUCCCUGCGCAACCACAUGCGAAUCCACGGGCAGAAGCGCUACAUGUGCGACCUGUGCGGGAAGGCCUUCCGCCUGGCCCGGUACCUCCGCAACCACCAGAGGAUCCACGACGAUGGGCCCAACCGCUUCGACUGUCCCUCGUGCUGCAAGAGCUACAGGACCAUGCUAGAGCUGGCCCAGCACCGCUGCACCGCCGCCACGACAGGCCAGUCCAGCAGCGCCAGUCGUCGUUACGCCGCCAACGCUCGCCGUCAGCAGCAGCAGCAGCAGCAACAACAGCAGCAGCAGCAGCAGCAGCAGCAGCAGAACAGCGCCAACUCCAUGAUGCAACCGCCGCACGGCGGACACGGCCAGCAGGAGCCUCUGCCUCCCCACUGCGUGUCCCCCAUGUCCCAGGGAGGGCAGGGCGGCGUGUCCAGCCAGUCUGUGCCUGACCCCCACCAGGGCCGUUCCAGCUCGGUGUCUUCCCAGAGCAGCCAGCAGAGCAUGAGGAGCUCGUCCUCCAACAAACACAUCUCCUCCAGUGCCACCCCGUCCUCCUCCUACUCCCUGCUCCAGCCCCUGGUGCCUGAGGUAAAGGAGCUGAGCUCGGGAUACACUAGGCUGAGCGCCAACCCCAUGGCUCUCUACCCGUUCUCCCCCCACCUCCCCCUGCAGCCGAAGCAUCAGGACACUUUCUCUCUGGCCCCCCAGCGGCCCCUCACCACCAUCAACCCUAUCGGCCACUCCCUCCAUCCGAACGGAGCGGCCACGCUCAAGCCUUCCCCCGUGCCACGCACCAUCCAGGCCAUGCCCUGGGAGCAGCGCUCCCUCUACAAUCAAUGAGACCCCCACCCCCCCUCCACAACCACCGGGAACCAGCUGCCCCCCCCCCCCCUUCACGUCGCAUCCAGCGCCACACACCCUCCUUGUCCUCCCCUCCCCCUGACACACAUCCCUUUCGGACCCAGCAUCAAGGAGGGUGGACUUUGGACGCCCCUCCACCACCUCGCCCCUCUUUUUGGAAAGUUGUGUUCGGGAUCAGGAGAGGGGGGGGACCGUUGAGAACUAGUUGAGAUUGAAUAACUGAGUAGUUAGGUUUAAAAAAAAAAAAAAAAAAAAAAAAAAAAAUGUGUUGCCUUGACCCCUCAUGUAUGAUCUAUGCCAUGUACUGGAUAUAAGUUAAAAUGUCUGUCCCCUCACUUAAGAAUUAAUCUCCCCAUCCCCCUCUCCCACUCUAGUUAUGAAAAUAUCUAUCUUUCCCAUGAUGAAUAGUGUCUCUUCCCCCCACCCACCCACCCCACCCAUGUGUUAAAUGAAACAAAAAACAUUUUUUUAUCGAGGGCGUGUUCCAAACCCUGAACGAAGGGAUUCCAGGGCGCCAAGUAAAUGUGACAACAUCCUCCCUUCGGUCCGAUAUGUUGUUUUUUUAAACAUAAAACCCAACGUUUAAGUCAAAUGAAGCUUCUAGAAGGAGAAAGGGAAACCUUUCUCUCUCUCGUAACCUCUUCAACGUGCUCCAGAAUGAAGAUUGUGUAUAUUGUGCAUUCAGGAGGCGUCCUGACAGUUUCCCACGCCUCUCUUCUCCCAGCGUCAACAUCCACGCAGCCAUGUGGACGGUUCGACUCCUCAGUGUUUCGUGAAAAGGACCUCAACGUUACCGUCUCUUCUCUAACACACAACUGAACUCACUUAUUUUAUUUUUUUUCUGUCUUUUAAACUUGCAUCUGACCGGUGGCUUGUUGUAAUUGUAGUGGGGGGGGUGUCUAGAAAAUACCAGUACGAGUCUCCAUCCCUUUCGUUUUUACGAACUGACUGUCGACACAUUUGUUCCUCUCACUCUAAAGCACUUUAAGACAAGUGCUGUAUAAUUAUUACUGUUUCUGACACCACCCGCCCUCAUCCUCCACUCAGAGCUGUGUCCGUUAUGAAGAUGUAACAUUGGUCGCGAGACUCACUCACGUGAUCCCCGGGUCAGGCUUGAGCCCGACAUCAUGACUGCAUCUGGAAGCUACGGUGGCCAAAAUGCAGUAUGUCUGCAGCUCUAGACCCCCCCCCCCCAAAAAAACACCAUCCCUUCUCCCAGGGUGGAUUUAGUUAACUCCCAAAACCUGCAGAGGUGUUUCAUCAAACAGCCAAUCAGUUAAAACCAGAGUAAGCGCAAAGACGGAAGUGUUUAUUUUUGUUGUAAACGGUCAAUUUUUACAAAUAACAGUUUUAAUCUCGGUUCCGAUAUGUAGUCCUGUUGCGUUUCUCUCUCUAACGUGUUUGUCGAAAUACCCACGAUUCUACUGACAUUGUAUUUCUCUUUUUAAAGUCGUUUCUAUUUUUAUUCAUGACAUGUUUCCAUUGUUUUUCUUUCUCUCUCCUUGUAAAGUGUCUUUGAGUAUUUAGAAAAGUGCUAUACAAAUAAAAUGUUUUAUUAUUAUCACCACCAGCGCUGCUUUUAUUACGCAGACAACAAGACAGAACUGUUCUUUGUGAAAAACAUUUGUUGUUUUGAUAUUGAGCUCAACAACUUGCCAGCUGCUGCUUCCUGAAAGUGCUCAGAAUAAUGGAAGGUUUAGACCCCACAGCAUCUGGAGAUGAAGACUGUGUGCCAUGGGAGGGGAGGGGGGGUUUUCACUCAAGGGUCAAGUGGACCCUUGAGUGAAAACCGAGACGACCCUUUCAGUUUUAAACACCGACUGUGGCUUCUUUAUUUGUAGUGUUUGAAAACCGCCACUAGAGGGCGACGUCCUGAAUGUAACUCAUUCCCCCUAUAAAUGGAUAUUAUC